AUGCAAGAAGCAGAUGAACAGUCUGAAGGUAAAACCUAUGCCAGCAAUAGAAGGACCACUCCCUCCACUGAUGCUUCGGCGCUCUGGUCAGAAAGCCACACCCGUCUGCACCUGCUCCAUCCACCGGAGCCCCUGCAGGCCCCGGCCAGCACUGGCAAGCCUGUCGGCUCCUCUUAUGGCCUCCUCGGGGCCAAUAGCGGCAUUCAGGGCCUUGGUGGCCCUGGCUCCGGUGUCAGCCCAGUCCUUGCUUGGCAUGCCGCCAUUAGUGCUGCCCGCCAAGCACAGGACGAUCCUGCAAAGCAUGAGAUGAGUUCCCGGCCCUCAGUUUGCACCACUGGACCUGCUCCUGUAGGCUCACUGGCCCAGAGGAAGAGGCAGCAGUACGCCAAGAGCAAAAAACAGGGAGGAUCUACAAACAGCAGGCCACCCAGAGCGCUGUUCUGCCUCACCCUCAACAACCCCAUCCGCAGGGCCUGCAUCAGUCUGGUGGAGUGGAAACCAUUUGAUAUCUUUAUACUGCUGUCUAUUUUUGCCAACUGUGUGGCCUUAGCCAUCUACAUCCCCUUCCCUGGAGAUGACUCCAAUUCUACCAACCAAGAACUGGAAACAGUAGAAUAUGCCUUCCUGAUCAUUUUCACUAUAGAGACAUUUCUGAAGAUUAUUGCCUAUGGCCUGGUCAUGCAUCAAAACUCCUAUGUCAGAAACGGCUGGAACAUGCUGGACUUUGUCAUUGUCAUUGUGGGGUUGUUCAGUGUGGUUCUGGAGAUGAUAACCAAAGACGCUGACUCUGGUGGCCAGUCUGGGGGUAAACCUGGGGGGUUUGACGUCAAGGCCCUCCGAGCAUUUCGUGUGUUACGACCCCUUCGGCUCGUUUCUGGAGUUCCCAGUUUACAGGUGGUUUUAAACUCCAUCAUUAAAGCCAUGGUUCCCCUGCUUCACAUCGCUCUGCUUGUCCUCUUCGUCAUUAUCAUCUACGCCAUCAUUGGCCUGGAACUCUUCAUUGGCAAAAUGCACGCCACAUGCUAUGUGGUACAGACAGGUGCCCUUGCAGAAGAAGAGCCCACACCGUGUGCAGUGUCAGGGCACGGCCGUCAUUGCCUGCUCAAUGGUACAGGUUGCAGAGAGGGAUGGCAAGGUCCCAACAACGGCAUCACCAACUUUGACAAUUUUUUGUUUGCCAUGCUCACUGUGUUCCAGUGCAUCACCAUGGAGGGCUGGACUGACGUCCUCUACUGGAUGAAUGAUGCAAUGGGCUUUGAGCUGCCGUGGGUUUACUUUGUCAGUCUGGUCAUAUUUGGAUCCUUCUUUGUGCUCAACUUGGUCUUGGGUGUGUUGAGCGGAGAGUUUUCCAAAGAGCGAGAGAAGGCCAAGGCUCGGGGAGACUUCCAAAAGCUCCGUGAGAAGCAGCAGUUAGAGGAAGACCUAAAGGGCUACCUGGACUGGAUCACCCAGGCUGAGGACAUCGACCCUGAGAAUGAAGAGGAGGGAGACGAGGAGAGCAAGCGUAACCGGGUCACAUUGGCUGACCUCACUGAGAAGAAGAAAGGGAAGUUUGGCUGGUUCACUCAGUCCACAGAGACACAGGCAAGCAUGCCCACUAGUGAGACAGAGUCGGUGAACACAGAGAAUCACAAUGGAGAGGAAGAUAAAUCACCCUGCUGUGGACCGCUGUGUCAAAAAAUUACUAAAUCAAAGUGCAGUCGUCAGUGGCGGCGGUGGAACCGGUUUUGCCGGAGGAAGUGUCGUGCAGCUGUAAAAUCAGUGACGUUUUACUGGCUGGUCAUUGUCUUGGUGUUCCUCAACACUCUCACCAUCGCCUCUGAGCACUACAACCAGCCAGACUGGCUGACUGAAGUGCAGGACGUAGCCAACAAAGUUCUCCUUGCAAUGUUUACCAUGGAGAUGCUGGUGAAGAUGUACAGUUUGGGACUGCAGGCCUACUUUGUGUCCCUGUUUAACCGCUUUGACUGUUUCGUGGUGUGUGGAGGCAUCGUAGAGACCAUCCUGGUGGAGCUGGCCAUCAUGUCUCCUUUGGGCAUUUCUGUUUUCCGCUGUGUACGCCUCCUUAGGAUCUUCAAAGUUACACGUCAUUGGGCAUCUCUUAGUAACCUGGUGGCCUCUCUGCUCAACUCCAUGAAGUCUAUCGCCUCCCUGUUGCUGCUGCUCUUCCUCUUCAUCAUUAUUUUCUCCCUGCUUGGCAUGCAGCUGUUUGGGGGCAAGUUCAACUUCGAUGAGACUGUGACCAAGAGGAGCACGUUUGAUAACUUCCCUCAGGCCCUGCUCACUGUGUUCCAGAUCUUGACAGGAGAAGACUGGAAUACAGUGAUGUACGAUGGUAUCAUGGCAUAUGGUGGUCCCUCCUCCUCUGGAAUGGUGGUCUGCAUUUACUUCAUCAUCCUUUUCAUCUGUGGAAAUUACAUCCUGCUAAAUGUCUUCUUGGCUAUUGCUGUUGACAACCUGGCAGAUGCAGAGAGCCUCAACACAGCACAGAAGGAGGAAGAAGAGGCAAAGAAGAGGAAGAACAGCGCCAAGGAUACAAGCACAGAAAAGAGGAGAGUUGAAAUAACAGAAUCCAAGGAUGGUGAGACCAAGGUGCCAGCAAAGGCCUUGCUAGAGGAAGACAAAGAGUUGUAUCCUGCCAUUGACUCCCCAGUGUGUGAUGAUGACGAUAAUGAUGACCUCCCAGAAGUCCCCUCUGGGCCCCGCCCCCAGAGGCUGUCUGAACUCAGCAUCAAAGAAAAGACUCCGCCAAUCCCAGAGGGCAGCGCCUUCUUCAUCUUCAGCAGCACUAACCUGUUUCGUGUAUUCUGCCAUAAGCUGAUCAACCAUCAGAUCUUUACCAACCUCAUCCUGGUCUUCAUCAUGCUCAGCUCGGUCUCUCUGGCUGCUGAGGACCCCAUACGCAACUUCUCUGCUCGCAAUAUUAUCCUAGGCUAUGCAGACUAUGUCUUCACUAGUAUGUUUACAUUUGAGAUCCUUAUUAAGAUGACAGCAUUUGGAGCGUUCCUUCAUAAAGGGGCGUUCUGUAGAAACUACUUCAACCUAUUAGACCUGCUAGUCGUUGGUGUGUCUCUGGUGUCCUUCGGCAUUCAGUCCUCUGCUAUCUCCGUGGUCAAGAUUCUGCGUGUUUUGAGAGUCCUCCGCCCACUCAGGGCCAUCAACAGAGCCAAAGGACUCAAGCACGUGGUCCAGUGUGUGUUUGUGGCCAUCAGGACCAUCGGUAACAUCAUGAUUGUCACCACCCUGCUGCAGUUCAUGUUCGCUUGUAUCGGUGUGCAGCUCUUCAAGGGGAAAUUUUAUCGAUGCACAGAUGAUGCAAAGAACAGCCCAGAGGAGUGCAAGGGUACAUACAUUCUCUACAACAACGGGGACACAGCACUGCCCAUGGUGAGGGAGAGGAUCUGGUACAACAGUGACUUCAACUUUGACAACGUCCUCAUGGCCAUGAUGGCUCUCUUUACUGUCUCCACCUUCGAAGGAUGGCCCACCUUGUUGUAUAAAGCCAUCGAUUCCAACAGAGAGAACAUGGGUCCCAUCUACAACUACCGCAUCGAGAUCUCCAUCUUCUUCAUCAUCUACAUCAUCAUCAUCGCCUUCUUCAUGAUGAACAUCUUUGUUGGUUUCGUCAUUGUCACCUUCCAGGAGCAGGGGGAGAAGGAGUAUAAGAACUGCGAACUGGACAAGAACCAGCGUCAGUGUGUGGAGUAUGCUCUUAAAGCUCGUCCUCUGCGGCGCUACAUCCCCAAAAACCCCUACCAGUACAAAUUCUGGUAUGUGGUCAACUCCACUGGUUUUGAGUACGUCAUGUUUGUCCUAAUCAUCCUCAACACCUUGUGUCUGGCUAUACAGCACCAUGGUCAGUCUCAUCUGUUUAACUGUGCUAUGGACAUUCUCAACAUGGUCUUCACUGGAGUUUUCACUGUGGAAAUGAUCCUCAAGCUCAUCGCCUUCAAACCCAGAGGCUAUGUCGGGGACGCCUGGAAUGUCUUCGAUGCCCUGGUGGUGAUUGGCAGUGUAGUCGACAUCAUACUCAGCCAGUCGGCAGCCCUUCCUGUCUUCAAGGUGAUAGUGGAGCCAGGGAACACAGAAGACAGCGCUCGCAUCUCCAUCACCUUCUUCCGCCUGUUCAGGGUGAUGCGAUUGGUUAAACUGCUGAGCAGGGGGGAGGGCAUCAGGACUCUCCUGUGGACAUUCAUCAAGUCCUUCCAGGCUCUUCCUUAUGUUGCCCUCCUGAUUGCCAUGCUGUUUUUCAUAUAUGCUGUAAUCGGAAUGCAGGUGUUUGGGAAAAUAGCCAUGGUGGAUGGAACACAAAUCAACCGCAACAACAACUUUCAAACCUUUCCUCAAGCUGUGCUGAUGCUCUUCAGGUGUGCUACAGGUGAGGCCUGGCAAGAGAUCAUGCUGGCCUGUCUGCCAGGGAAGCUGUGUGAUUCAGAGUCAGACUACAACCCCGGAGAGGAGAGAACCUGCGGCAGUGGUUUCGCCAUUAUCUACUUCAUCAGCUUCUACAUGCUCUGUGCUUUUCUGAUCAUCAACCUAUUUGUGGCUGUCAUCAUGGAUAACUUUGACUAUCUGACCCGUGAUUGGUCCAUUCUUGGCCCACAUCACCUGGAUGAGUUUAAAAGGAUCUGGUCCGAAUACGACCCUGAAGCCAAGGGCAGGAUAAAGCACCUUGAUGUUGUGACUCUGCUAAGGAGGAUCCAACCUCCGCUGGGCUUUGGCAAGCUCUGCCCUCACAGGGUGGCGUGUAAGCGUCUGGUGGCAAUGAACAUGCCCCUGAACAGUGAUGGCACUGUCAUGUUUAAUGCCACUUUGUUUGCUCUGGUCCGAACUGCUCUCAAGAUUAAGACUGAGGGGAACCUGGAGCAAGCCAAUGAGGAGCUUAGAGCUGUGAUCAAGAAGAUCUGGAAGAGGACCAGCAUGAAGCUGCUGGACCAAGUUGUGCCCCCUGCAGGCGAUGACGAGGUAACAGUGGGGAAGUUCUAUGCCACCUUCCUUAUACAGGACUACUUCAGGAAGUUCAAGAGGCGCAAAGAGCAAGGUCUUAUGGGACGGCACUCAUGGGAGAGGCUGAACACCACCAUGGCUUUACAAGCCGGCCUGCGCACGCUGCAUGACAUCGGACCAGAGAUCCGUCGAGCCAUAUCUUGUGACCUGCAGGAGGAGGGGCUAGUAGAUCCUAAUGGAGAAGAAGAGGCGGAAAUUUACAGGCGUAAUGGUGGUUUGUUUGGCAACCAUGUGAACCAUGUUGGUGGCGAUCAGCAAGGCUCCUCUCACCCGACCACCGUCACCAAACGCCCACUGCAAAUCCUGCCCUUCUCCUGCAACUCCUCGACUGAACCCCCCCAAAUUGGCAGGAGAGCCAGCAGCAAUUAUAGGGAAGGAGAGACAGAGAUUAACUCUCCACCCAUCCAGUAUAAUCAUCAUUAUCAUUCCCCUCAUCCGUAUAAUUACCCUCACUGUAAUUCCACUUGCCAUCAGUCGCCAAUACCCUCCAAUGCCAACCUCAACAAUGCCAAUGUGCCCUCGCUUCUCUCCAUGACCACUGGGAGGCAGCAGAAGUGUCUGUUAAGGCGUGACCGUCCGUCCUCCACUAAAAAUGGAUCAUCAGCAAUAACUCGCAGCAAAGGAGCACAGGACAAGCCUUGGAGGUCACACUCCACAAGGACACGCUACCGCGAGGCCUACAUUAGGUCAGAAAGUGGUGGUGGACUUUACCCCACCAUUUGUCAACAGGAGCCGGGGGGCGUGGACAGCGAUGAUGAGCGAGGCUCAGGAGAGUACUACAGCGGAGAGGAGUUUCAUGAAGACGACAUCAUGCUCACAAAGAACAGGUUGAGCAACAAGGACCAACUUGAUGCAGAAAGAGACUUUGACCUUGAGGUUUCUGGGGGCAACCACCAGCCUGAUAGUUACUAUGAUGAUGAUCAACAGCUGAUCUGCCAAGACAGCAGGCGGUUACCCAGGAGAUGGUUGUUACCCUCACCUCAAGCCUCCAACAGACCAACAUUUAGUUUUGAGUGUCUCCGCAGAAGAAGUAGUCAGGAUGAUGCUCCUCCCUCUCCAUCCUGCACAGCUCUUCCACUACACCUGGUGCAGCAACAGGUAAUGGCUGUGGCUGGUCUCGAUGUUAGCAGAAUUCACCAUCUGUCUCCAACGAGGUCGCUGUGCUCCUGGGCCACGCCUCCUGCUUCACCCAUUAGCCUGGACUGCUCGCCCUGCUACACACCGCUGAUACAGGUGGACUGGAGCAGUCCUGGCAGUGUUGGCAGCAUCCCUAGAGCAGUGAAGAGGAGCUCAUGGUACACAGAAGGCCAGGAUGGCCCUCCCACCCGCAGCCACUCUCCAUCACGUCUGCAGCUACCUGCAGAGAGCUGCACACACUUCUUGCAGAAGAGAGGCAGUGCCAACAGUCUGGUGGAGGCUGUAUUGAUCUCUGAGGGUCUGGGGAAAUACGCCAGAGACCCCAAGUUUGUGUCAGCGACCAAACAUGAGAUUGCGGAUGCCUGUGAGAUGACCAUUGACGAGAUGGAGAGUGCUGCUAGUAAUCUUCUGAAUGGGUGUACGGGUAAUGGCAACAAUGGGGGGGCAGGGAACGUCACCUCAGACCCACAUGCCGCCACACAUUUUAGAGACUGCAGUAUCCGUGACUGCAGUAUCCGUGACUACAGCGAUGAGGAGCCGUACAUGGCUAUGAAAUGCGAGGAGGACUUAACAGAUGAGAUGAUAUGCAUCACGUCACUAUAG